AGCACAACUGUCGUGUACGUGAGAGUGCAUGCGUGGGUGUCGCAGCAGGCGUUUCUUUAUGAAUAGAGAAAUAGUGCUCGCGCCUUGAGUGCUUUGUGAGUCGGUGAGUGUGAAUUUCUCAGUGAAAACUUGUGCCGGAAUUGAAUAAAAAAUACAGUCGUACGCAGCAUGAGAAACGUACCGACCACUCAUCGGAAUUGAACGUGCAACUCCGUUAAUGCACGCACGCUAGACACCGAGGAAGGGGAAGGGGGAACAAAAACACCUGUAUACUAAAUAUAUAGACACAUAGGAGACACGGCAGGAACGAAAGACAGUCGUUUCUCGAUAAUCGUAAAAAUCACGAUGGAGGGGUCUGUACCAGCGGAAGCGUCGUGCUAUGUCGCCUAACCGUGAAGAUCCGUGAAGAUUUCUUGGAUCGCGUUGCUUUUUGUACGAUUUCAAGGGCCGAAAGCUUCACACAUGCGAGAUUGUGCAUCAGUUAGUUAGUCUGGUCGUUCAUCCGUUUGCCUGGUCGUCUACCCCUUCUAAAUCGUCCUGACACAACGUUUAACGGGGGUACAAAAAGAAUAAACAUGGUGGCGGCGCGAGAGAGAUAGAAGACACGGGGAACGAGAGGAGGGAGAAAGAGAGUCAGCCAGCCAGCCAGCUAGCCAGCCAGCCAGCCAGUCAGUGUGCCAGAAGCGACGCAGUUCGCCUCGUGCUGUCUUUGUUUCUAUGAAAAGAAAUCCGUCGUUCCUGAACAUCCACCCAUUUUUGCAUUUAUCCGCUUUUAUGAGAUUAAGAAUCGUCGAUAAUACAAGUUACUCGAUUAAUGCUGAUAGAACAUUUCGCUCGUAAACAGUUAUCAAGGUGCGGCCACGUUCUUCGUGUUCGCGGUGUUUGCUUCGAUUUUCAUGCGUGCGGGGUCCACGACCGAGCGUGUGAGAAAUUCAGUAUAUCGUCUGGCAACACGGUGGCUCGAUUUCGGCUUCAAGCCGCCGCAGGGGUGAUAUGAUAUGUCGCUGCCGGUGGAAUUCCGUAUGAUUCGAUGCCGGUGACGACGAUCGUUUGACAUCGUUUCUUUGAAUUUGAUAUAUAUGAUGUGAUCAAUUCGGCGACAAGAACGCGCGAACUGUGGAUUAGAAUUUCCAACGGUAUGUAAAUAGAAAAUGUUCAUCCGAUUCGACGAAUAACUGCCCGAGAGAAGACUCGAAGGAGAUUUUUUAAUCGACAUACGAGAAGCUACAGUGAAAAUUCUCUGUCAAAAGAUAUUCGCAACCAAGCCACGGUGUUUCGUAAGAUCGGAACGUGCGACCGCAAAGAAGUUUAUCAACGACGAUGAAUAUUCCUCGAAUCUUGGCGACAAGUUGUUCGAUACAAAUCGUACGGCGCUUCUGGUUAGUGAUUAUGCUCCGAGAAAGGUGAAUCUGUCGGAGAGUGAGAGCAUCGAAGCGAAAAACGACCAGCGAUUUACGAAGUCUGAAAUAUAUUCGAGUUUUCAUCGAAAUAUUAUUACGUCGAGGACAGGAAAAGGUUCAAUGGAGCGAAGUGGUCAAACUUGGUCGGCCCGGUGCCAAUAACCUCCGGUCAGGAGGUAGACAGUUUUCGCACGAUGCGUUUGCCCUCGUGCACGAUAGAUUAUAAAAUUAGACGUUCGAAACCUCGCACGAAGGUAAAAGGAGCACAUCGUUUCCAUGCGGUAAAGAAGGUGGAGACACUGACUGGUGGUAACGAGCGAAGGGUCAAGCGACGAAGGGAAUUAAUACAAGUUGGAUGAAUAAUUCCCAGGGGGGUAGACAGCUGUGCGUAGUCGGAAGUGACGUCAGACGGUGGGUUCAUAGUUCCUCUUAUUUUUCUCGUUCGAGCGUCGCGGCCGUGCAGAGGGGUGCGUUCUCGUGACGACGAACACCACCGAAAAAACCAAGAUACACAGGGGGGGCUCCCCGGUCGCGCUCGUUGUCGCCAAGCGAAUUGCGUCGCAAUUUCUAGUCCGCUGCAUUUACAUCGAGAGUCUUUUUUUCUCGACAAGAUAUUUUUAGACGAUCGAUUUUAUUUCAAACUGCACGUGCGAGAGCCUUCACGCUUCGUGUUUUGGGGAUCGAAACACGUUCAAGUGGCAUCUAACGAGCCAAACUAAUUCGACACUCAUUGGAGCGUACAUUGGCAACAGUUUGGACACGUAUCGAGAGACUUAAUUUUUUCGGAAGUUCCCACUGACCGUCGGCACGGGGGAAUAGCAUUUCCACGCAUUCAUUUCGACACAGACGAGAACGAGACUGAAAGUAUCGCGUUAAAAUUAGUCGAUUAAUUUAUUUAAAGGAAGCGUUGAGCGCCACGAGUUCACGGAUCGUCCGUGGCCGCAGCAGACCGACCAAAAAUCAUCGCUCUCGCGAGAGAGAAAUUGACGUGGAUCUGACAAGAAAUUUAAAUAAGUCAAGCAAUAACGAUUGCGUUCAACUAGCGUUAACCUCAACGAACCAAUUAUGUUUUUUAUCCGAACGACAAUACACUGUAACGUGUUAGAGAAUAUUGGAACCGGCAACACGGAGAUCGCGAGACAUUGAGAAGGGUAAAAUAAACACGACUGAUCGUCGAAUGAUGUCUCUCUCUGUGAAAACCACACGUUUUUAAAUAAUCGUCAAAUGGACACAAAUGACUAACUUAACGUUAUCGGCAAGCACGAUCGAGAUGCCCCUAUCAAGACCGAAUACGUUCGUACCCGCGAGCGCAAUCUCGACGCAGACUUACAUCUCGUCGAACGAGAACAAUCAUCUGCCACCCUUGAAGGCGAGCACGCUGGCCCUGAAUCAGCCCGCCGGUGAGUCGUCGCCUAGUCACUUGGCCCAUUCCGGUCACAUGGUCGGCACUCACCUGCCCAGCUUGAGCUCCAGUGCCAACAACAGCCUGCUGAGCCUGAUCGGUAACUCGGACAGCCUGAACUUGAGCCUGAGCUCGUACACCAGUCACAAGUCCAGCCACAAUUCGAGUCACAAUUCCAGCCACAAUUCGAGUCAUAAUUCCAGUCAUAAUUCCAGUCACAAUUCGCACACGCAGCCGAACAGCCAGUCGAGCACCACCGCGCUGGUGAAGAACGGACGGCCGGACGGCGGUUCCAGCGGCAGCGCCGGCGGCAAACCGAAGACCAUCACCGUCACGCCGGAGCUGGUGAUGAAGAUCUACGUGGACAAGCUGACGCCGUACGAGCAUCACGAGAUCUACAACUAUCCCCAGAUAUACUUCAUCGGUGCGAACGCGAAGAAGAGGCCGGGCAUACUCGGCCGUCCGAACAAUAACGACUACGACAACGAUCAGGGUUCCUACAUCCACGUGACUCACGAUCACGUGGCCUACAGGUACGAGGUGCUCAGGGUGAUCGGUAAGGGCUCGUUCGGCCAGGUGGUCAAGGCUUACGACCACAAGCUGCAGGAGCACGUGGCGCUGAAGAUGGUCAGGAACGAGAAGAGGUUCCAUUGUCAGGCUCAAGAGGAGAUCAGGAUAUUGAGGAAGCUACGGGAACAGGACAAGGACGACACGAUGAACAUCAUCCAUAUGUUCGACUCGUUCACGUUCCGUUGCCACACGUGCAUCACCUUCGAAUUGCUCAGUAUUAACCUGUACGAGCUGAUCAAGAAGAACAAGUUCCAGGGCUUCAGCAUGCAGCUCGUCAGGAGGUUCGCGCACUCGCUGCUUCAAUGCCUCGACGCCCUCUACAAGAACAAAAUCAUCCAUUGCGACCUGAAGCCGGAGAACGUUCUUCUGAAGCAACAGGGACGCAGCGGUAUCAAGGUGAUCGAUUUCGGCUCGAGCUGCUACGAGAACCAGCGCGUGUACACCUACAUUCAGAGUCGGUUUUACCGCGCGCCAGAGGUGAUACUGGGCGCGAAAUACGGUAUGCCGAUCGACAUGUGGAGCCUGGGCUGCAUCAUCGUGGAGCUGGUGACCGGUUUCCCUCUGUUGCCAGGCGAUGACGAGGCGGAUCAGCUGGCCUGUAUAAUCGAGCUGCUGGGCAUGCCGCCGCUUCGGUUGCUGGAAUCGGCGAAACGGUCCAGGCAGUUCAUCAGCUCGAAAGGUUAUCCGCGGUACUGCAAUACCAGAACGUUGCCGAACAACUCGAUAAUAUUAAGCAGCGGUUACUCCAGAAAAGGUAAGCGCCGCGGACCACCGGGUUCCAAGGAUCUGAGACGGGUAUUGAAGAACUGCGACGACCCGUACUUCCUGGACUUCAUAAAUCGUUGCCUGGAAUGGGACCCGGAAGAGAGGAUGACGCCCAGCAAAGCGUUGAAGCACGGCUGGUUGCGUCGCAGGUUACCGAUGCCGCCGGAGAAGACCAACGACGCACUGCCGGCGGUACCGGCGGCCGCCGUGCCGCCCGCGUCCUCCACCAGACUGCGUAUCUCCGGGUCCGGUAGUAGAAGCUCGAGCAAGUCGAACACCCUGGAGACCAAUAACGCCGAGCACGCGAACAAGGUGAAGCAGUUGAAUGACAUCUUCCACACUCUGAACACCAUUUAUUCGUGCUCUUUAUCCGAUCACGCGCCUCGUCCCGAUGCCGAUACGGUUUAAGCGAUAGGCUUUUCAAGCUUACGACGUACGGGGCGAAAUAUAAGCGCGGAGGGUAUCAAGAUCCGAAGCUUUAACUCGAGGCAAACGGGGGUGCGUUCCGAUUGUCUGGAAGACGGUGCUCGUGGAUUCCUUUUUCUCGCAGAGAACGAAAAUGAAAAGGGAAAAUAUGCGUUCGUUUAUGGGGUUCCUUCGACGCGUUUCGUUCGCGCAACGACGAUAGCGACCCUCUGCAGUCGAUGGCCACCCUUACGACAAAGAUGGGCGAACUUUCUAUCCAGAUAAAAGAUUCGAAUAACGAACGAUAGGUAAACAACGUUCGAUGCGUUGUUUUGCUUGAUAAAAGUUAAAAUUUUAAUUGUGUUAGAACGCCACAGAGAAUAUUGCACAUUUUAAAACGUUGAUUUAUUAAUUUGCUAAAUUUAUCGAACGAUAACCGCGGCAAAAUUUAAUUUAAAGCAUGUCGAUGUAUGGCCUUCCGCUAUCAUUUUAAAACUAGCCGUAUUCCUUUAUGAUGCAUGCCAGUUCUUUGGAUACAACAAACUAUACACUACCAUGUUUGACGACUUCAUAAUUCUCAGAUCAAUUUAAUUAAAAAAUUUACUCCGUUUGCUAUAGCACGGACAUUUAUAUUUAUAUCCGUUCAUGCUCGCAGUAUCGCUUUAAACGCGCGCCAGAUUCCUUCAGUUUACAUUAUUAUUGCAAUAUCAUUAUUAAAGUUUACACUCGUAAAACAGACUGACGUGCAUUAAAACAAAAAAAAUCAAUGUUCACUGCAUAUAGAUGUUGGUGCAAGGGAGUUUGAAAGAGAAAUACCGCGUACACUUUAUCGACAAUAACAUAGCAUUUUUACUCUUUAUAUUCAACCAUUGUAUGACUUAGAGAACAAUUAUCAUGCAAUGAAACAAUAUAACCGAAAUGAAAUAGCUUGAUGUAUAACAAACGGAGCGUAGGAGAAAAUAUACAUAUUUUAGAUCGGGGAAACAUUAUAUUGCACGCUUGCAAGAAAAGUAACAUAACUGAAGUGUCCAGUGUGCGAGUGAUUAAAAAGUAUUACAGAUUUUUACUAUCUUGAUAGCUUAGUGUUUUAAUCCUUUGGAUCAGACGAUGCAUACGUUUUAUUUUAAUUUAGUGCACGCCAAAAAUAACUAAAACAUGUCCUAGAUACCUCACUUUUCGAGUUAUGGGAUGACUAAAGAAAAUAUUCGAAAUGUUCACCACGUGCCUCAACAUCGAUCAGUCUCAAAUCCUUUUUAUAUCUUUACUCUAUCUUGAACAUUAUUCGCUUAUUUUUCACCAUGGAUUUUAAAUCCAUGUGCAUUGGUACAGAUUUUACCGAUAGUAAAACAUUUCCUAGUCGUGUCACUUUUCUCACGCGGGUGCAAUAUUUUCUAGAUAGACGAAUUUUAACCCUUUCGCUGCAACGCGUUUCAAUCAAAAAGCGACCCCUUUCGAUCGAGAAGCGGGGGGAACACUCGCUUGCGAUUUGCUGAGACUGAGUACCCGAAGGAGGGCCUGAUGCCCCGAUUCGUUAGAUUAAGCCACGUCUAUAAAACAUGCACACAACCUAAGUCUAGAUCGUAAAUACUUUAAAGGCGCAAUAUUCUUAAGCUAAGAGGCUAUUGUUCGAUUACGUAUACAUACUGUAUAUAAGUCGUCCGUGGCGAAAGGAUUAAAACGAAAACACAUUUUCUUCGCGUCGUUGCGCGUAACGAUCCGUCGUUGGUGUUUUACAAGAUUUUACUCUUUCCAUUCAGACGAAUAAGACCGUAGUUUUUGCAACCGAGAAGAGAAAAAAAAAACAAAGACGUACGAACUUUAAGAGUAUAGAUCGGUUUUCCAAAGUAAGGUACACCCCUAUUUCUUAUACUUAAAGGGGGGAGGGGGGAGUUUUUAUGUCGAAACUGUAGAUGUUAUGUGUUACGUUAGGUCUCUGUCUAGUAAAUCGUACGGUGCCCAUUGACCGCGGAGGUUUAAACGUUUCGGUUGCACGUUUUCCACCCUUAAAGGACAUUGAAACGCGUCUCACCCUUGCGAUCGAGACCGGUUCGAUACCGACGAACGUAUUUAUAGGCGUGCUCGAGCCGCUCGGACGUUGAAUUUUAUAAAAGGACCACGUCGACAUCAAAGCAUCCUAUUAAAAAUAAACGAUAUCGUCGCUGAUUUCCAGCGACACGGCUGGCGGAAAUGCAUAUUAAGGCUUCGCCGAUACACGACCGCGGCCGUGUGUAUUCCCCGUCGUCGUCGGGCACGGCGCGAAAUCUAGGCCGCUCGGUUGUUUCAGCGAUGAUGAAAACCGUUCGAUUGAUCGGGAGACAGCUUCGUAACUUUUACGCGUUAGCCACGGAUGGCUGGUCGACGGUUUAUUGCGUCCGAAUGGCUCGUGCGGGGCGUACGACAGCGGCGAAAGCCGAACGAAGCGGCUGGUUGCGUAGGUGAACGACGUACCCAGAACCUGCUUCGGUGAUUUGCAACGAAAGGGAGCGGAUAAGGGGGUAGAAAGCACGAUCCGCGUGGCUGUUGCUCGCUCACGACGAUUUUCGUAUACUUCGGAAACGUGCACCAAAUCGCGGCCAUAUUGGGGAACCGGAGUCGAUGAUCAGAAUUUUCUCGGAAGUUUCAUUUACUUCGAAAGAAUUGUUAAAGCGCUGUGCGUCGUAGCAUAAAUCGUUGCGUUUAUGGCAUCUGGAAGAAACGUAUCGACUGCAUGAGUAACACCCAUGGCUACCCUUUGUUCGACGCGCGCGACGCGAUGCAUGCGUAAUACGCGCAUUAUGGUACCGCCUCUCCCUCCGAUGUACGAUAAUAUAUAUUAUACAAUGUAUAACACGCGUGGUGGCAUGUAUUGCAUCACGGUAUAUUUUAAUAUGCAUGUCGUUCGAAACGAUCGCGAUCGACGCAUCGAUCCGACGAAUUUCGAUCACUCAAAGGCAAUCGGUAGAAGCGAAUGGCUGGUUUUAGCUUCGUCGCAUGAAUUUUAUGUUUCGAGAAAGAAAUUGUUAUUUAUGUGCUCCGUGGAUUAGACGACCGAGUUUGCACAGCUGUUGCAUGUCUCCGUGAGAAUCCUGUACGAUAUUACUUUUGCGGCAAUUAUGUUUUCAAUCACCCGAGUUUGUCGACGAGGGGGGAGGGGACGCGAACGAAAAUUUUGAACGUAGAGGAACGUGUAUAACUCAAGCAUCCCUUUGUAUCGAUACAUUAAUCAUCGAAGCUUAACAACUUGUAAGAGUAUAUUUUACUUGUACCGUUUUUUUAAAACCGUCGUCGCGACGGUCAGAAAUUGUGUUUUUAUAGGCGCCUCCCGAUAUGUUUGUGGCAAACUAUCUUAACGUGUAAUUCCGCAGCGAACGAGAACUGUAAAAACGCUAAUGGGGGAGGGCGGAGAGGUGGAGAGGGAGGACUGACGAGAGACUGUACCGUUUCAAUAUAUAUUUCUGUAUAUUUGUAACUCGUAAACGUUUGUACGGUAAUUAAGGAGCUCGUAAUUAAUCUCUAAGGACGCAGAUUUAUUGGACAGAUCGGCGUGUGGCGCGGUUGCCUCAGGUUCGUUGAACGGCGGCCGCCUCGUUCCGUGACCUUCCCUCUUUCCGAUCUCGCCAAUUCCGACUGAAUCGAUCCUCCUCUCUGUCGCUCUCUCUGUCUCUCUCAUUCGCCUCGUAAUUCUAAAAGUCAAACACGAAGGAAUCUCCGGGGGCCCGUCUUUGCCCAGUUUCCAACCGCGUAUCCGUCAACUUUCGAUCGUUUCAGAGCCACGAAGCCACCCGACGACCUUCGUCGGCUUCGAAUCUGCACGGAACACGCCCGUGCACCGUGGCCCGAGAUCGACGACAGAGACGGAAGUUGACAAUGAUUAGUAUCGUUAAGCGAAUAGCGGUAAUCGAUUUAAGUCAUAAUAGAUAAGAGACGAGAGUGGAUAGCUAACGGUAACGAUUCGCAGCUAAUGAAGAGAAAACGAGUUAAAAGGUGCAACGAGAAACGGGAAAGAGUUCGGGAACGCAAGGAAACGAGCGAAAACAAAAGUCCGGGGGGGAAGGGCCGCGGUAUAGUCUGCCGAGUUUCCCGAGUCCGUGUUCUUUCUUCCUUUUUUUUUUUUUUCGUUCCUUUUAGUUUCGGUAGUUCCGGCGACGAGACACGACGCGUCUCUGUGCAUGUUUCUUUCUUUCGUGUCUCCGAUUGAUCGCGGAACGUGGCGUAUCGCAACUUUUAUUUCGCCGACGUUCAACGAAGCGCGCGUUUUUCUCGUUGCGCGUCGAAUUUAUUUACGUUAAGAACGUGCAGGACAUCACGGACGAAUUAAUCCACCGAAAAAACUUUUCCUCGCCGUGCAAACAAACUGUCUUCUUUUUUUUUUUCAACCAUCGGAACGCGAACUAUGGAGAGGCUACCGGGGGGCGUCAACAUUUUUCGCAUUUCGAGCCGAUAUCGACCGGAAGCUCGUGUGUUGGCGACACGGGAUUCACGUGUACGCGUGAAAUUAAAGUACGGGCGUCGCAAACACGUGAUAUUUAAAGUGCAGCGUAUUUCAACGCGCGCUUUCGUUUUCCUGCGUCGACCGUCUCUCAUUUUCGAAGAUAACAAAACUGCAGCCGUCUUCUAAUAUUUCGUACCGGUUUUAGUUUUUAUAUUCUCGAUGCACGGUGGACAGGGCUGGAACUACUCGAAUUUUUCUGUAUUUCAUAAUUCGAAUGUUCGAACACGAGUAACACAGUAGAACAUCGAUCAUUGGAAAUUUAGUUAAUUUCUUCGACUAAAAUAUGCAUUUUUAACGAAGACUGACACGAGUAAUGUAGACGUUAAUUGUCUCCAAAUGGAGCCAAGUCUCGCAAUCCUUUCAGCGCAUAUAUUAGCACACUGUAUAUUUUCUUUUGUGUCCACGGAAUUUUAGUGCAAUUUAUAAUGCAUUUGUAGAUAAGGCUUUUAUUAAAAUAUGAUUUAUCUACUUAAAAAUAGAUCUAUAUCUAUUUUUUUUUUUUAAGAAAACUGUGAUUAACUUUUGUGCAUUUGCAUCAAACAAUUGAAAAUUAUUUCUGUAAAUACACCGUCGAACGAUUUGAAACUGAUUGAAAUUUGUUAAUAAUCGACGUUCCAGUGUAUUGGAAUAGUAAAAUAAUUCCCGGAGCGAUCGUGUUUCUUGUUUCUCCGGACUCUCGCGUAUUCGUAUAUUAAAUUAAUCGAGUAGUCGAAGCUCUAGUUCGAUAUUGAUCGUCCGUACGAGCGAGGUUUCCGGUAUCGAAACGAAGAAGGAAAAGUGCGAGGGAACGAUUCGAGAAAUGCACUCACACACACACACGUACACACGCCCUGCCCGUUAAAAUUUCCCCAAUUGCUCGGACAAUGACGUUUGUACGACGAAACCAAAAUACUGUAAAAAGUUAUGUAUACGCCCACGCCCCACGCAUACCAUCGUACUCGUACGCGUUCACACGGACACCGUAACCCCGAUUUUACGAUACUCGUUUUCUGCACGCACUUCUUGUACCCGCGGACCGUUUUCAGGAAGUGGUAUCCGUUUCGUGCCACGAAUAAUGCGUUUCCUUCUAUUUGUAUUAUCGAGUUCGCUGUAGUCGACUUACUCGCUUUAAGGCCUUUUCUAUAUUUUGUAAUUGCAGAUCUAGCGGAGCUGUGUUUCGUUCGAUCGCGCCGCUGCAACAGCGAAAGAAUGAAAGCGAGAGAGAGAGAGAGAGAGAGAGAGAGAGAGAGAGAGAGAGAGAGAGAGAGAGAGAGAGAGAGAGAGAGAGAGAGAAAGAGAUAAUCACUGUCUUUCAUGCGUUUCCUUCGCGCGCAUAAAUUGUAUUAUAAUUCUUCGAUUCGUGCAUUUUCGUCAUCCGUUGCAUCUAAUUUUAAUCGAUCGACUUUUAGCGAUAUUUACAUAACACACAUAUACACCCCAUGAGCGUCUGUAUUCGAUUGUGUACCUCGACUUGUAUAUAUAUACAUAUAUAAAGGAAGAAAAAAAAAAAAUUUGACCCCGAGGGGGGGAGGGGGGAACCGUUUUACAAAGCGAAGCGACUGAGUUUAGUACUUUUCGGUGCCCCUUGACACGAUUCGCGAGCGAUUUUUUGGUAUCGGUUGCAGCGGCAUAUAAGCUACCCUUUACAGUCCUUCUUGUUUUUUUUUUUUCUUUUUUUAUAUCGUCGUCGUUGUGCAUACGCGCAUGUACGUUACUCUCCUCCUUGGUUAUAAUUUACGCGCUAAGUUUCCUAGGAUUAACGCGAUUUUUCUUAAGCGAUAAUGCAAAGUUUGAUCUCUUUACUCGUACAUACAUCACUAUAAAUAUACGAAAUACCUAAUUAUAAUUGUAUAUGCGGAGAGUCGUGUGCUCGUUGCGUCCAGCAUUUCUUUAAUUAUUGUUCUGUUUUUCUUUUUCUCAAUUGUUUCCCCUUUCUUCGUGCUCGCGAGUUCCACGAGGACGAACGAGAAGGGCGAAGAUACGGCGCGUCCUCCACGAGGGGACACCGCAACUCAUACAUGUAUAAAUACGCAUAAAGUACAUACGAAUGAUACGAUUCGAGCGUUUAUCCGACGUGUAAAGGUAAUACACCAUACUCGAGACACGCAUACACACACGUACACACACUCAAACCGUUGUCAUCCUUCCAAGAAAAAACGAAAAACGCGUAAAAAGCAACAAAAAAAAAAAUGAAUACAUCCCUUCGAAACCUCCGAACACAAAACCGUAAUUGUAACGCGUUCUCGCCCACGAGUCACGAAGGCGCGAAUACUGAUUUUUUAAAGAACUGCUCUGACUUGAUUAAGAAACGAAAUAAACGCUGCUUAAGAC